AUGGAUUUAUCUUUUAUGCGAAAGCCAAACCACGAGCAAGAUCAAGAGCAAGACCGUGAGCGAGAUCACGAGAGCGAUCAUGAGCAAGAUCACGAGCGCGAUCACGAGUGCGAUCACGAGCUCGACUGCGAGCAAGAUCACGAGCACGAUCACGAGCACGAUCACGAGCGCGAUCACGAGCACGACUGCGAGCAAGAUCACGAGCGCGAUCACGAGCACGAUUGCAAGCAAGAUCACGAGCACGAUCACGAGCACGACUGCGAGCAAGAUCACGAGCACGAUCACGGGCAUGAUCACGAGCAAGAUCACGAGCACGAUCACAAGUGCGAUCACAAGCACGAUCACGAGCUCGACUGCGAGCAAGAUCACGAGCACGAUCACGAGCACGACUGCGAGCACGACUGCGAGCAAGAUCACGAGCACGAUCACGAGCAUGAUCAUGAGCGCGAUCACGAGCACGAUCACGAGCAUAACUGCGAGCGAGAUCACGAGCGCGAUCACGAGCACGACUGCGAGCAAGAUCACGAGCGCGAUCACGAGCACGAUUGCGAGCAAGAUCACGAGCACGAUCACGAGCACGACUGCGAGCAAGAUCAUGAGCACGAUCACGGGCAUGAUCACGAGCAAGAUCACGAGCACGAUCACAAGUGCGAUCACGAGCACGAUCACAAGUGCGAUCACGAGUGCGAUCACGAGCUCGACUGCGAGCAAGAUCACGAGCACGAUCACGAGCACGACUGCGAGCACGACUGCGAGCAAGAUCACGAGCACGAUCACGAGCAUGAUCACGAGCGCGAUCACGAGCACGAUCACGAGCAUAACUGCGAGCGAGAUCACGAGCGCGAUCACGAGCACGACUGCGAGCAAGAUCACGAGCGCGAUCACGAGCACGACUGCGAGCAAGAUCACGAGCACGAUCACGGGCAUGAUCACGAGCAAGAUCACGAGCACGAUCACAAGUGCGAUCACGAGCAUGAUCACAAGUGCGAUCACGAGUGCAAUCACAAGUGCGAUCACGAGUGCGAUCACGAGCUCGACUGCGAGCAAGAUCACGAGCACGAUCACGAGCACGACUGCGAGCAAGAUCACGAGCACGAUCACGAGCAUGAUCACCAGCAUAACUGCGAGCGAGAUCACAAGUGA